UAAUCGGCGGCUAGCGGAGGCGCCACCCAUCUUAAAAAGCGGAGCCACCACUCUCAUAAUAAUACGUGUAAUUUGGGUGCGCAUGGAGAUAACAUACGCAUCCUCCAGUCUUUCUGACAUCGUCGGAUCGGCCUCGUCCAUGGCCAGGACUGCGACUCCGACUCCGGCACCGCCUCGUCCUGUUAAAGUCAUACCAUUCCAGCACCCAUACGCCGCCGGGGAUACAACGCCUACGUCGUCGUCUUCGACGACACCGCUUUCGAGAUGGAGAACGAAAGUGAAGCGGAUGAAGACUGUUGAUUGGAUUGAUUUCUUCCUCCCUUGCUCCAGGUGGAUUCGUACUUACAAUUGGCGUGAGUAUCUCCAGCCUGACGUUAUCGCCGGUGUCACCGUCGGUGUCAUGCUUGUUCCUCAGUCUAUGUCAUAUGCAAAGCUAGCUGGACUUGAACCAAUAUAUGGACUUUAUACUGGAUUUGUUCCUGUAUUUGUGUAUGCCAUAUUUGGAUCAUCUCGCCAGCUUGCUGUUGGUCCAGUAGCAUUGGUUUCUCUACUGGUCUCUAAUGUCUUAAGCACUUUUGAUUCAUCUCCUGAAUUAUAUACAGAACUUGCAAUAAUGUUAUCACUCAUGGUUGGGAUUCUAGAAUGCACAAUGGGGCUCUUGAGGCUUGGAUGGCUCAUCCGCUUCAUCAGUCAUGCUGUAAUAUCCGGAUUUACAACUGCUUCAGCUUUUGUUAUUGGUUUAUCACAAGCAAAAUAUUUCCUAGGGUAUGAUGUGUCAAGAAGUAGCCAAAUAAUUCCAGUGGUCAAGAGUAUAAUAGAAGGAGCAGAUAACUUCUCAUGGCCUCCUUUUAUCAUGGGGUCUUCUAUUCUAGCAAUUCUUUUGAUCAUGAAGCAUUUGGGGAAAACAAGGAAGAAUUUGCGGUUUCUGAGAGCGGGUGGGCCCCUCACUGCUGUUGUUCUGGGUACAGCCUUUGUGAAAAUAUUUCAUCCCUCUUCCAUUUCUUUGGUGGGAGAUAUACCUCAAGGCCUUCCACCAUUUUCUCCCCCUAAAGAGUUUAGUCAUUUCAAGUCCUUAAUCCCAACUGCUAUUCUCAUUACUGGUGUGGCUAUACUGGAAUCUGUGGGGAUUGCUAAAGCUCUAGCAGCAAAGAAUGGAUAUGAACUUGACUCCAAUCAAGAGUUAUUUGGGCUUGGUGUGGCCAAUAUUUGUGGGUCCUUUUUCUCAGCAUACCCAUCAACAGGUUCCUUCUCAAGGUCAGCAGUCAACCAUGAAAGUGGAGCAAAAACUGGUUUAUCAGGAAUCAUCAUGGGCUGUAUCAUGUUAGGUGCCCUGUUAUUCUUGACACCAGUAUUUGAAUAUAUACCUGAGUGUGCUCUUGCUGCUAUUGUAGUAUCUGCUGUAAUUGGACUGGUGGAUUAUGAGGAAGCUAUAUUUUUAUGGAAAGUAGAUAAAAAAGAUUUUUUUCUUUGGGUAGUUACUAGUACAACAACAUUGUUCCUUGGGAUUGAAAUUGGUGUCCUUGUUGGGGUUGGUUUUUCUCUUGCUUUUGUGAUCCAAGAAUCUGCAAAUCCACAUAUUGCUGUUUUAGGGCGACUUCCUGGGACAACUGUGUAUAGGAACAUUCAACAAUAUCCAGAAGCAUAUACAUAUAAUGGGAUUGUAAUUGUUCGAAUUGAUGCACCUAUAUAUUUUGCAAAUACAAGCUACAUAAAAGACAGGCUCCGAGAGUAUGAACUUGAGGUCGAUCAAUCUUGUAAACGUGGGCCCGAAGUUGAAAGAAUAUAUUUUGUAAUACUGGAAAUGGCACCUGUUACUUAUGUGGAUUCAAGUGCAGUUCAAGCACUAAAAGAGUUGUAUCAGGAAUACAAUUCAAGAGAUAUUCAGAUAGCUAUUGCAAACCCAAACAAAGAAGUACUUUUAACACUAUCGAAAUCGGGAUUGAUAGAGCAAAUAGGUAAAGAAUGGUGUUUUGUGAGAGUGCAUGAUGCUGUUCAAGUUUGCCUCCAACAUGUCCCGAAUUCAAACAAUGCACCACCUAAAAUACCCGAAUUAUCCCCCGAAAAACGUUCAAGGUUUUUAGAAAGAUUAAGCGAAAAAAGAAAGGAAGAUUUGUCAACAUCUGAAAUGGAAUCGGGUGAAAAAGAUAUCAUAAUAUCUAAUGAUCCCGACCCUCAAUUGGAACCACUCUUAUCAAGAAAAUCUCACUGAUUAUAUAAUAUUUUUGCAUAUACAUAUACAUGUCUGUAUAUCUAUAUCUAAGAUCAUAUCAUUCUUACUAUUUUUUUGUAUUGAAGUCGAACCAUAUUCUUUUGAGCCAAACGAUUCUUUCUAGGGUUGUUUAUGUAAGUUUUUGUGUUGUGUGUGCUUUGUUGUUUUUCCAGUCCAACAUUUUGGUGU